CGCUGUAAAACUCGAGCCCGGAUCUCCUGCAAGUAAAAGCCUGUGUACAUAGCAUCAGCCGUACAUUUAGAAUAUCUCAUGUACAUGUACGUGAAAUUCAUGGGAAGAAGUUCUGAAUGUGCGGCUGGAUUCCCAUGGUUCAGAGUCUGUGCAGAGUUUUUACUUGCUGGGAGCACCAGGCGCGUUCUACUCUUUCGUCGUGGUUUUGUGCCUCCCGGAUCCCGCAUGCCUGUUGUUGCCUUGUCCAUCGACUAGUUUCAGAAGAGAAGAUUGAUUGGCUCCCAUGAAACUUGACAUCUUUAUUCUGAUCAAUGCGUAGCCCGCCACCGAGUUUUCGUGGGCUCUCCUUAUCCUUUCCUCCGGUAUCAAAUCAUUCUUUUCGGUUCCUGAAAGGACCUCCCAGAAUAAUAACACCACUGUUUGAUUCCAUUCGACCUUGUUCGGUAUCUUGUGCUGUCGGGAUAGCUGAUACAGACCCAACUAGCUAUGUAUCUUGUGAGGGUAUUGGAGUUCGAACUCUUCCAACUCCCACUUGCUCGGUACUAUCUCUGCAUCUUCAGCUUGAUGAAGAGACUCAAAACGGACCCAGAGGAUUACGGGCUCCUACUCGACAUGGUAAGAUGACAUCUAAAGUUCCUAAAAUAGUUGAAACAGACUUGCCAAUCGAACAGGGGAGGAUGCUGUACAGGCUGGGUAUGGGAGGAGUUGCAAAUUCGGAUUGUAAGGCGACGUUAAAGAGGUACUCCAAGCUGCUGAACGCUUGCGCUUCAAGUUGUUCUUUGAAUGAUGGAAAAGUGGUUCAUGGGCAAGUAGUCAAGAAUUGUUUGUACCCUGAUUCCCAUUUGUUGAAUUCAUUGGUAAAUAUGUACGUGAAAUGUGGGGGCCUUCGAUGUGGCCGUUCGGUGCUCGAGAGAAUGCCCGAGCGAGACGUUGUUUCUUGGACUACACUGAUUUCGGGAUUUGUUGCAGAAGGGGACGGCAGUGAGGCUAUUCGUUUGUUCUCAAAGAUGCGGCAAGAAGGCAUUUGGCCAAAUGGUUUUACCUUCUGUUCAGUUUUGAAAGCUUGUUCAAUUUUGUUGGCAUUGGAUUCCGGAAGGCAGGUGCAUGGAGAAGUUAUUAAAGUUGGAACCUUUUCAGACUUAUUUGUUGGGUCUGCUCUUUCUGACCUUUAUGCAAAGUGUGGAGAGAUGGAACUUGCAGAAAGGGUGUUCUUCUCCAUGCCCGAGAAGAAUGAUGUAGCAUGGAAUGUGUUUCUUAAUGGACAUGCACAGAUGGGCGGUGAGAAAGAGGUCCUGAAACUGUUUCAUAGAAUGACAGAGUCUGAAGUGAGACUCAGCAGUUUUACUUUAUCCAAUGUCCUUAAGGCUUGUGGGAACUCAGGAAAUGCAAAGGAUGGCCAAGCAGUUCAUUCUCUAGCAAUUAAAAUUGGCUCCGAAGUCGUUUACUGUCUGAAUAGUAGUCUAGUUAAUAUGUACUUCAAGUGUGGACUGGUAAACGAUGCUUACAAGGUCUUUAUUAGUAUUCGGGAUCCUGAUGUAGUGGCAUGGAGUGAAAUGAUUGAUCAUCUCAAUCAGCAGGGGUUUUACUCUGAAGCAGUAGAGCUGUUUGCUGAGAUGAUGCAAACAGGCCUGAGGCCAAAUCAAUAUACACUCGCUAGUCUCAUUAGUGCUGCCAUUAAUAUUGGUAAUACACGAUAUGGUGACAGCAUCCAUGCUUGUGUUUGGAAAUUAGGAUAUGUAUCAGAUAAUCCAAUUGGAAAUGCUUUAAUCACAAUGUAUAUGAGAAAUGGGUAUAUUCAAGAUGGCUUCAAAGUGUUUAAGGUCAUGAAAAACAGAGAUCCAAUUUCAUGGAAUGCUGUUUUAUCUGGAAUCCAAGAUGGAGAGUUUUGCAACCAAGGGCCUAGAAUAUUUAAGCAGAUGUUCAUGGAAGGUUUCAAGCCAAAUAUGUGCACUUUUGUUAGCAUUCUAAGGUAUUGCUCCAACCUAUCCAAUGUAGAUUUUGGACAGCAAGUCCACACCCAUAUUACUAAGACUAGCCUUGGUGAUGAUAGUGUUGUGGGAACAGCUCUUGUCCACAUGUAUGCUAAAUGUCAGUCCUUGGAGAAUGCAUGUCUAGUCUUUCAUAGGAUGAAGAAGAGAGAUCUUUUAUCUUGGACAACUAUCAUUUCUGGGUAUGCACAGACUGAUGAAGGGGAGAAAGCUAUCAAGUUCUUCUGCCAGAUGCAAAGAGAAGGUGUGUGCCCAAACGAAUUUACUCUUGCCAGCUGUUUGAAAGGUUGUUCCAGCAUAGCAGCUCUAGUAAAUGGGCAGCAGCUUCAUUCCUGGGCCAUUAGGGCUGGCCACUUAGAUGAUAUGUUUGUUUCUAGUGCACUGAUUGAUAUGUAUGGUAAAUGUGGUUCUAUAGAAGAUGCAGAAGCUUUGUUUGGAGACUUGGUUUCACGAGACAUAGUUUCCUGGAACACAAUCAUUUGUGGAUAUGCACAACAUGGAUAUGGAGAAAAGGCUCUCAAGGCCUUUCAUUGCAUGCUAGAUGAAGGUUUCAGCCCUGAUAAAGUUACAUUUAUAGGUGUUCUCUCUGCAUGUAGCCAUGUUGGUUUAAUAGAGGAAGGCAAACAGUAUUUUGACUCUUUAAACGGAGUUUACAGGAUUACUCCAACAAUUGAGCAUCAUGCUUGCAUGGUGGAUAUCCUUGGACGAGCAGGAAAUUUUGACAAGAUUCAAAAUUUUAUUCAGGAAAUGGCUCUUUCCCAUGAUAUCUUGAUAUGGCAAACAGUUCUUGGGGCUUGUAGAAUGCAUGGAAAUGUAAAAUUUGCAGAAAGAGCAGCAGAGAAACUUUUUGAGCUUGAACCCAAAGAGGAUUCUACUUAUAUAUUGUUAUCAAACAUUUAUGCUGCCAAGGGAAGGUGGGAUGAUGUUGCUAAGGUUAGGGCAUUGAUGUCCAGUCAAGGUGUAAAAAAGCAACCUGGGUGUAGCUGGGUAGAGGUCGAUGGUCAAGUUCAUGUGUUUCUAUCUAAAGAUGGUUCACAUCUAAAGUUCAAAGAGAUCUGUCUAAAGUUGGAGGAACUAUAUCAGGAAUUGACUUUAGCAGGAUAUAUUCCAAACACAGAAAAUGUACUUCAGAAUGUUCCUGAGACGGAGAAAAAGGAAAACCUCCUUUAUCAUAGUGAAAGGUUGGCCCUGGCUUUUGCCCUUGUAACUAAGAGACCUGGCGAGCCUAUCCGCAUUUUCAAGAGCAUCCGAAUUUGUGGAGAUUGUCAUAAUUUUAUCAAGCUCAUAUCAGGCAUCACAAAUAGAGGAGUUGUUAUUCGCGAUAGCAGUCGCUUCCACCAUUUCCAAAAUGGUUCUUGCUCUUGUCAGGAUUAUUGGUGAUUCCACUGCUGAGGUCUUAAUGUAACACAAAUGCCACCUAUAACUAGGGGUGCAAGUUGGGUACCUGAAAUGAAAAAUUACACAGCAUCUCAACCCAAGCCUACCCAAGUUGCAGCCCUACCUAUAACAGUUGACUGUCACUCUCUAACAACGGUUAUCUUCAUCCUGAAACAGAUUAUGAGAGAUGGGGAGAACAUAGAAAUCUAGAGAUAAGGAAAGGGAAACAGAGCAGUGUAGGGAAAAACUGCUUCAAACUAGUCAAUGGUGGCUGGGAAGAGUAAAGAGGAUGUUCAAAAGCAACAGAGAUGAGAAUGCUAGAAGCGUUUUAUCCUGGUCCUUAUUGCCAUUCCUCCAGCAUGCAAUUUCUUUCUUACCUUCAAAGUGCAAAUUGUGAGAAUGGAUUAUAUACCAUGCAUCCAUCAACUCAAGCAAUGAUGCUUUGUCGAAUGGAAACUAUGCUGCCAAGAAAAUACCAAAUGCUGUUGUUACAGCUUUCUCAUGAUGACCUUCUUGCCAAGUGACAAACUCCUUGUUCAAGCGGUAUGUAUGUAAGGUUGCAUGGACAAGGAAUGGAGAAACAAUUUCCAGAGUAGUGGAUUGAUUAUCAAGCUAGCAACUGAUCAAUCAUUAGAGAAAAGUAUUUAUUUCAAUGUGCAGUAUAGCUUUGCAAGUUUUAUGCAUAAUGUACCCAGCUCUAGGAAAUAAAUAUGGUUCUGGAUAGCAGAAAUUCUUCAUACCGUACCAAGCCUGUCUAUCAAACCUGGAGAUAAACCAACAAUUUCUGACUGACAGAGUGACAGAUACUUUGGCAUCUUCAAAGAAUGGGUAAGCAAUGAUGAUGAGAUACCUGAGCUCGUGCCAGAGACAGAAUGCACCCCUGCUGGCCAUACUUUAAAAGCAGAAUUGUAAUUCCUAUUACUGAUCAGAAAGUUCCAUGCCUUCUAUGUGGCAACAGUUUACAGUUGUAGUUUUGGUAUCCUCUUUGCUAGAUGGAAAUGGAUAUCAUCUUGUGGAGAGACAACCUGGACUGGAGUGAUUAUCCGUUCCUUUCCACUGGCACCAAAGAAAUAGAGCAAAUGGUUCAAAAUGCCAGAGGAUAACUUAUUGGAGAAAUGGGAGGAGACCAAAGGGCAGAUUGAUGG